CAUGAUAAAGGAUUUAGAAGGUGUUGGACAUCUCAAUAUUUUAACUGAUUAAAUUCAAACAGUUCAGUUAUAUUGCAAAAUGUUAAUUAAAGUGUUGCCUUUAAUAAUUCAAAUACAUAAAAUAUUUUUUUUCAUUCAAUCUUCAAAGUAGAUAAUUUUAAGUAGCCCUGUAACAGUGACUCUCAUCAAUAGAGUUCUCCUGCGUCACCUUCAUUUCUCCACAUUGAUCCCCCACAAACAUUCUGUUAUUGUUGUCUGCGUCUGAAAGUCGGAAACGCAAUUAAUUAAAGGAUUUCAAAGGCUUAAAAUACAAAUUAGUUAUUCCUAGCACAUAAACAGUAAAGGAUGUUCGCAAGAAAGAAGCCAGAGCCAGCGAAACGAAGGCAACACGAUUUAUCCCAGUUUGGGCUUACGGAAAUCCCAGAUGACUUUGAUCCCAGCGCUGGAUACGGAGACGAUGAUGGAGGUGACAGUGAUCUAGAAGCGGAACUAGCGGCCAUAGCUGGCGGUGGAGGAUCCAGACCAAAACCCAAACCUAAGGCACAGUUGUUGCCUGCCAGUGAUUUGGACAAAAUGAUUGCCGACAGCUUGCGUGAUGUCAGCGACGAUGAUGACGAUGAUAAUUUGGAAAACGAUUCGGAUCUGCUAGGUGAACUAAGCGGAAUUGGUGGUCUGGAGGAGGCGGAAGAAGAGGAGCCUGCAGCCCCACCACCAGCUUCCGUUGAAGAGCCCGUCCAAACUUUCCUGCCCACCACUACUGUUGACACGCUAGGCAUCAUUAAGCAGCGUUUAGAGAUGUACAAGCAGGCCGAGGCGAAUGCCAAAGCUGCCGGCGACUCGGGCAAGGCAAGGCGUUUUGGAAGAGGUCUUAAGACUCUGCAGGAUCUGCACAAACAGGUAGCAGCCGGCAAGUCAAUCAAUGUAGAUGACAUUCCGCCGGAAGUUAGCCUUAAGCCUGCUGGCGGGCAGGCUCCUUUAGUACCUGCAGAGGAAUCACCAGCUCCUUCCACUCCUGCUUCUCCUCCUCCUGUACCAAGUCGUGCAGCUCCGGCUCCACCUACCCCAAUUACUCCGGUGGCACCUACUACAUCUGUGGCACCCACUACGUCUCAAAACCCCCUUGUGGCUCAAAUGCGCAGCCGGCAGAACGAGUACAAGGCGGCAGCACUGCAAUCUAAGCGUAGCGGUGACACAGCUACUGCACUUCAGUUCCUUAAGGUGGUGAAGCAGUUCGAUGUCGUUGUAAAGAUGUGUGAGGAUGGCCAAGAAGUUGAUCUCAGCGAUAUGCCGCCUCCUCCAGCUGAAUUUCUAGAAUUCCUAAAAAAAAUGCAGGACGGAGGAUCUCCAGAGGUUGUCGCAGAACCUACACCGGAGCCACCUCCUGCACCUGCUACGCCUCCAUCCGCUCCAGCUGCUGCUAAAAACGUGUUGGGGGCGCUACAGCAACGUUUGGAGAAAUACCAAUCCGUAGAGGCGGCAGCUAAGGCAGAAAACAAUAGCGGAAAAGCACGACGCUUUGGAAGGAUUGUGAAGCAAUACGAAGAUGCCAUAAAGUUAUACAAGGCGGGUAAACCUGUUCCUUACGAUGAACUGCCUGUGCCUCCCGGCUUCGGACCCCUACCCACAGAAGAUACUGCUCCAGCCGCGCCUACUCCAUCGCUGCCCACUUCCCCUACAUCUCCACCAGCAACGGCAAGUACAUCCGCCGGAGGAACUCCCUCAAGUUCCAGUGCUACCACACCUACGGCCCCACGAAAAGCGCCCUCACCUCCUCAAGCCAAGGAAUUAACAACGCGAACGUCUGGCAACCAGCAGAAGAAUAAUCUAGCCGAACAGCAAAUGAAACUGCUUCUCGAACGUCAAAAGGAAUUUAAAUUGGCUGCUAUAGAGGCCAAGAAAGCGGGAGAGAUUGACCAAGCCAAGGAAUACCUCAAAAUAUUUAAGGGAUUUGACUCACUACUUAAUGCAGCCAGUAGCGGAUUGCCAGUGGAUCUUAGCACUCUUCCCGUGCCACCUUCCCAAAGAGACAAUCUGGAAGCCUCAUUUGCCAUAGUAUCCGCUGAAGAAUGCGAUCCUAGCGAUGAUAUCUGCGAGAUUGGUGUUCGCAUGGAGGAGCAACUAGCAAAGCAACUGAUGAUGUGCAAAAAUACUCGAGAUCAUCACAAGGCUAUGGGAGAUGUUGCAGGCAUGAAUCGGUUUGAAAACUUGGCCUUAACAGUCCAGAAGGAUCUGGAUUUGGUGCGAUACUCCAAGAGAAAGAAUGAGACCCUGCCCAAGUUUCACUAUGAAAAACGAAGUUUUAAUAUUGUGCAUUGCAAUACAGACCUUACUGACUGUGAGUUAGAAAUUGUUGUGCUAAGGGGAAUCAAUUACAAUGUGGCCAAUCCCAAAGACGUGGACACCUAUGUUCGUGUAGAGUUCCUUUGCUCAAUGUAAGUUUCUUACUAACCA